AUGAAAUCAACAGUUCGGACUCAAAACAAUCAAUACAGGACCUCAGCACUCCCAGGAUUGAAUGGAAAUAGAGGACAACGUCAUGUUUCGGCUGAAGAAGUUCAAGCUUUGAAACUUAAAAUUCAAAAGAUGGAACAAGAGAAGUUACAACUGAAAUCGCGUGUUGUUCGAAUGAAGCAGAUAUUGAAUGAAAGAAAUGCAACAAUUGAAAAAGUUUUUAAAGAUACAACGUCUGAAAAUCAAAAAAUUCAAACAGCUAGCAAAUCACAGAUUGAUCGCCUUCAAGAUACAGUAAAUGUAUUACAAAAUAUCUUGCAAGCCAAGAAAGCUGAACUUGAAAAAAUGGUUACAUCCGAUAGAUUUGCAGUUUCUGAUGAAUUGCAAACUGAAGUUAAAAUUUAUUACCUCGAACAUCAAAGAUUACUUAAACAAGCUAGAGCUGUUCGUGAAGGUGAGAAAAUUGUUUCUACAGAGCUAAACAGAGUCAGAAAUGAAAUUAAUGAUCGUGAUAAUCAUAACAUGGCCAUUGGUAGCCUACAACAAGAUUUAGCAUCAAUUGUAGAUAAGCUCGUUUCAUAUAGAAAAUCCGAAGUUAAGCUUCAAAAUGAGGAAGUAGCGUUUAAUUUCCUUCAAGAAGACCCAGAGACAGCAACAGAUAAGUUCCAGCAAGAAAUUGAAGAUAUACAGAAAGAAUCCGAAGCAGCUCAAGAAGAAAUAAACCAAAUCGAAGAAAGUGAAGAUGAAAUGGUUGAGAAUCUUCAAAAAGUCAUAUUCGACCAAUCAGAUAAGAUCAAUGUUAUCAUUCAACAGCUUAAUGGUAUUGAACCAGAAGAGGAAGAAGAACAUGCAGAAGAAGAAACCAAAAACGAAAAUGACAAUGAGAAGAAACAAACAGAGGAAGAAGAGCACCAUGAAGAAAACAAACAAGAUGAAACAAAGGCAGAAGAAGUGGAAGAAACUAAAGAAGUCAAUAGUACAGAAUUAAAGGAGCCAGUAAAGAAAUUGAUCCUUGGAGAAAGAGGUGAUAAUCGCGGUACAUUUAUGACAAACGAUGGAACACCAAUGAAGACAUUGGCUUAA